GAAUCAGCUUGGACUUUUUCUCAACACGGACUUAGGGAAUCGGUUUGGACUUUUUUUCAAAAUAGACUUGUGAAAUCAGCUUGGACUUUUUCUCGAAAUAGACUUGUGAAAUCGGCUUGGACUUUUUCUCAAAACAGACUUGUGGAAUUGACUUGGACUUUUUCUCAAAACAGACUUGUGGAAUCGGCUUGGACUUUUUCUCAAAAUGGACUUGUGGAAUCGGCUUGGACUUUCUCUCAAAAUGGACUCGUGAUAAGAAUCGGCUUAGACUUUCUCUCAAAACAGACUCGUGAAAUCAACUUGGACUUUCUCUUGAAACGGACUCGAAUCAACUUGGACUUUCUCUUGAAAUGGACUCAUAAGUUUUUUAUGG